AUGGUGGAAGUGCAUGACAAACCUGAGGAUUGCUACUUCUUACCCCACCAUGCUGUCUAUAAGGAGUCAAGCUCUUCGACAAAGAUUCGUGUAGUUUUCGACGCUUCGGCUAAGACAACAUCUGGUCUAUCAUUGAACGACGCUUUAGGAGUUGGACCAACAGUGCAAAACGAUCUCAUCACGAUAUUAUUACGAUUCUGCUGCUACCCUGUGGUACUGACAGCGGACAUUCCUAAAAUGUACAGGCAGGUACAAGUACACAAAGACGACAGGAAAUACCAGCGCAUUUUGUGGCUCAACACGAACAACGAGAUGGCAACAUUCGAGCUAACCACCGUGACGUACGGUUGCGCCAGUGCACCCUAUCUGGCAACGCGAACAUUAUUGCAAUUGGCAAAGGAUGAAGCAACUGACCUACCACUUGCAUCAAAAGUCAUUGAGGACAACAGCUACAUCGACGAUUUUCUCACCGGUGGUAGGAACGAACAAGAAGUACUAGAAAUCUACAAGCAACUAACUGAGCUUCUACGACGAGGAGGAUUUGGGGUGCACAAGUUUUGCUCCAACAGCAAAGCUGUGCGAGAUACCAUACCACACGAUCUUCAAGAGACUCUUUUCAACUUCGAAGAAGCUGAUAUCAACAACGUGAUUCGGACUCUUGGCCUUAUUUGGAAUCCCAAUGAAGACUACUUCACAUUCAAUGUUACCUUAUUGGAUGGUAGAGUAGGAAACACGAGGCCAACCAAACGAAGCGUACUUUCUGCGAUUGGACACCUAUUUGAUCCGUGUGGAUAUCUCGGUCCUGUGACGACGACAGCGAAACUGCUGAUGCAGGACUUAUGGAGGCUGAAAUUGAAUUGGGACGACGAGCUUCCUAACGAGCAAAACGAAUUGUGGACCACAUUCCGAGAACAGCUUCCAUUGGUUAACGCACUACGAAAGAAACGGUGUGUAAUCACAAGUGAGGCAACAACACUGGAGCUUCACGGAUUUUCGGACGCUUCCCAGCGUGCAUACGGGGCAGUCUUGUACACUAGGUGCAUCUCCCCUAAUGGAACUGUGAGCGUUGAGCUAGUUUGCAGCAAAUCGAGAGUGGCUCCCUUGAAGCCAAUGACUAUUCCUCGUCUGGAAUUAUGCGGAACACUGCUUCUGGCACGUUUGGUGGAGAAAACGAUUUCGGCGAUGAAAAUACCUUUCUCGAAAGUGACACUCCACACUGACUCACAAGUAUGUUUGAGUUGGUUUGCAAAGUCACCGCUUGCUUUGAACCAGUUUGUUGCAAAUCGUGUUGCUACAAUACACGAGCUAACGCAGGACUACAAAUGGUGUUAUGUGCGAACAUAUGACAAUCCUGCCGAUAUAAUUUCCCGUGGUGUACUACCGGCAGAACUAUUUGAGAUGGAACAGUGGUUCAAAGGUGCACCAACUCUGUGGCUGCAAGACUCUUCUGACAACGAUGAAAGAAUUUGUUUGGACGACAAUGAACUGCCAGAACUUAAGCCGGCGAUAGUUGCAACUGCCGUACAACGACCAAUGUCAUUGGACCUGACAAGGAUGAGCAGUUUUCGCCGCCUACAACGUGCGUGGGCGUAUGUGUUGCGUUUUAUCAAAAACGUGCGUACGAAGGUUCGUAACACUUCCGACUUGCAAGUGUGUGAAAUCGCUGAAGCAACACAAACUAUACUGAAGCUCGUGCAGAAGGAGGCGUUUGAUGAAAUUUUCGACGCUAUGGUAAAGGGUAAGCAGUUGAAGCAGUACCGAGGUUUAGCUCUUUUCGUCGAUAAGGAUGGGAUCAUCAGGGUUGGUGGUCGCCUGAAAUAUUCAUCGAUACCCUAUGACGGCAAGCAUCAAAUAUUGUUGCCAGAAAAGCAUCACGUGACUGAAAUUCUGAAUACUGGAGUCGAUUAUGCCGGCCCAGUAUAUCUCAAGGAAGCUGGUAGGAAGAAAACGCUGUAUAAGGCUUAUAUCGCAGUGUUUAUUUGUUUGGCCACCAAGGCCAUUCAUAUUGAGGUAGUAUCAAACUUGACCGGAGAAAACUUCAUCGCUGCUCUCCAACGGUUCAUCAGCCGACGUGGUAUGGUGAGUAAUAUGUAUUCCGACAAUGGAACUACAUUUGUUGGUGCGAAUCAUGAGCUAGCCGAGCUGCGUAGAAUGUUCGAGGAUCAGGCACUUCAACGAAAAUUGAACGAUUUCUGUACAACCAAAGGAAUUGUAUGGCACUUCAUCCCGCCACGUAGUCCGCAUUUCGGUGGUAUAUGGGAGGCGGGGGUAAAAUCCGUCAAACAUCAUUUGAAGCGUGUCGUCGGUGAGACCAAACUAACGUUCGAAGAAAUGACAACAUUUCUAGCGCAGUGUGAGGCUAUCUUGAACAGUCGUCCAUUGAUUCCUGUUUCGGAUGACCCGAACGACAUCGAGGUUUUGACCCCAUCACACUUCCUUAUCGGACGAUCAGCUUUGAGCAUUCCGGAACCGUCAUAUGAGGAUGUAAAGGUUGGUCGAUUGGGACGUUGGCAACAUAUUCAGUUAAUGAAGCAGCAUUUCUGGAAGCGCUGGUCAGCUGAGUAUUUGCAUUAUUUGCAAUCCAGACCGAAGUGGAAUAGUGAAGUUUCGAAAAUCGAUAUUGGCGCCGUAGUCGUACUGAAGGACGAUAAUGCACCACCGCACCAGUGGCAAUUGGGACGCAUCGUGGCUACACACCCUGGACAGGAUGGCAUUGUGCGAGUCGUUACAGUCCGUGCUGACUCAAAGGAGUUUCGACAAGCGGUAGCAAAGGUUUGCUUCCUUCCAAAUGUUGAUCCGAUGGACUCAACGGGGGGAGUAUGA